GCUGCCGACUAAUUAUUCCCCGGCUCAACCUCAAUUUGAACCAAAUAAUCAAUUUAAGAAUGGCUUCCUUGCGAUUUGUCAGAUCUGUCUGGGAGUCGUUUCGGGCUACUUCGGGGCUGGAGCCUCGCCUACUAGACGGUCUCCGUGUGACAGCCGCCAGACCGGGCAGCGUCAACUUCGAAUUAGACAUCAAAAAGGAACACACGAACCGCUUGAGCAUCCUCCAUGGCGGCACCAUCGCCAGCAUGGUUGACCUAGGCGGUUCUCUGGCGGUAGCCUCGCGCGGCCUCUUUGCCACGGGUGUCUCAACGGAUCUCAACGUGACCUACCUUAGCUCCGGUGGCAAGGUCGGAGACAAGAUUCUAGCGGAGGUGACAUGUGAUAAGUUUGGCAAAACCCUGGCAUACACCUCGAUAAAAUUCCUCAACGAAAAGGGCGACGUCUUCGCACGAGGCAGUCACACUAAGUUUGUCGCUCUUGCGUGGAAGGACCCGCAGAAUAUUGUGGAGGAGAUGGCCAAUGAGGAAUCUUCGAAGAGUGAGGCAUAGAUAGCUCUCUCUGAGGAUGUGCUCAUUUUCUUAUAUUUUGAUACAAGUUGAGCCUUUAUAUAAAAGGGAGAAAAAGGCUUGGCGGAGGAACUUUUAGUGGUCUAUGUAUAGAAUAUACAUGUCUAAGACCAAGCGCGGGAGCGCUUGAGCCCUUUCAGGUCC